AGAGAAAGCGAAUUUAUGAGUUCUUUAAUCCCAGACAGGCAGCUCUGUGGCAGUUACCUUCAAGAAAAGUUCACGCCCCAAAGGAGUGUUUAGUCUUACAGAGCCACUGACUCACUGAGCAGCGCGGGUGAGUGGCUGCGCGGGAGAAGGCGAGAGAUGAAGGAAAAGUUUUGCUUCCUUGUGAAACUCAUAAUAUUAUUGUUUUAAGACAUUUUUGAAAAGAUGACUGCUACUUUUGUUUAAAGUAUUUGUUCUGGAAUUGCUGAAGCUGGAGUCUACCAGACUGAGGUCAGGAGCAUUUUCUUUGGCAGAAAGAAGAUACUUUUAUAGAAGCCAUGCCUGUACUUGGGGUUGCCUCCAAGCUAAGACAGCCAGCCGUAGGGUCAAAGCCUGUUCACACUGCCCUCCCGAUACCCAACCUUGGCCCCGCCGGCUCGCAGCAGUACUCACCAAAGUCUUUGGAGCUUACUGGGGCGGAGAGCUCGAUGCUUUCUUGUCAGCUUACGUUAAAGUCAACCUGUGAUUUUGCAGAGAGGAGAGCGCUUCAAGGAAAAACCCAGGAGAUUGAAGAUAGCAAGAUUUACACUGACUGGGCUAACCACUACCUAGCAAAAUCUGGCCACAAGCGGUUGAUCAAGGAUUUGCAACAGGACAUUGCAGAUGGAGUUCUGCUAGCAGAAAUCAUCCAGAUCAUUGCAAAUGAAAAAGUUGAAGAUAUCAAUGGCUGUCCCCGGAGCCAGUCUCAAAUGAUUGAGAAUGUUGAUGUCUGCCUUAGCUUUCUGGCAGCCAGAGGCGUAAAUGUCCAAGGUCUUUCUGCAGAAGAAAUAAGGAAUGGAAAUUUGAAAGCCAUUUUAGGGCUGUUUUUCAGUUUGUCUCGGUACAAACAGCAGCAACAUCAUCAGCAACAGUACUACCAGUCUUUGGUGGAGCUACAACAGCAAGUCCCUUCACCUCCAGCUGAAAUCAGCCAGUCCAAAACACACCAAGAUAUGCAGUCGAGUCUCACAGCCAGAUAUGCAACUCAGUCUAAUCACAGUGGAAUUGCAACCAGUCAAAAAAAGACUUCUAGGCUUCCAGGACCCUCAAGGGUGCCAGCUGCAGGCAGCAGUACCAAAGUCCAGGGAGCUUCUAAUUUAAAUCGGAGAAGCCAGAGCUUUAACAGCAUUGACAAAAACAAGCCUCCACAAUAUGCAAACGGAAAUGAAAAAGAUUCACCAAAAGGCCCUCACCCAUCUACAGGCAUGAAUGGAAAUGUGCAGCAUCCCACCAGCACCGGGCAGCAGCAGGUCUCUGCCAUACCCUCUCCAAGUGCCAGCAAGCCUUGGCGCAGCAAAUCCAUGAAUGUCAAACACAGCGCGACCUCUACCAUGCUGUCUGUGAAGCAGCCUAGUCCUGCAACCUCCCCUACUCCAUCUUCAGACAGGCUCAAGCCACCCCCUUCUGAAGGCGUGAAGCCCCCUUCAUCUGGACAAAAAUCUAUGCUGGAAAAAUUCAAGCUGGUUAAUGCUAGGACUGCUCUGAGACCUCCUUUGUCGCUGAGCUCAGGACCCAGUGACAGUGGAAGAGAGGACGAUACCUUUUCAGAGAGUGGUGAAAUAGAUGUCUUAAGCAGUGGGAUGAACAGCGGCGGCUCCACAAGUAGCAGUCCUAAAGUAUCACCGAAGUUAACCCCUCCAAAAGCUGGAAGCAAAAAUCUCAGCAAUAAAAAGUCUUUGCUACAGCCAAAGGACAAAGAUGAAAAGAACAGGGACAAAAACAAAGUUUGCACUGAGAAAACAGUCAAGGAAGAGAAGGACCAGGUCACUGAAACAUCUACAAAGAAGAGCUCAAAAAUUGCAAGCUUAAUCCCAAAGGGAAGCAAAACGACAGCAGCCAAGAAGGAAAGUUUAAUACCGUCUUCUAGUGGGAUCCCGAAACCUGGAUCGAAGGUGCCAACAGCAAAGCAGAGCACUUCAUCCGCAUGCAUGGGAAGUAAGGAGGCUGAAAAACUGAGGACUACAAAAGGAAACCAGUCCCAAUCAACACCAAAAUCUCAACUUAGCGAGAAGGCUUCUCCUUCCUCUGGUCUUGCUUCUUCUGAAGGGAAAGAACCAAGCGCAGCUCUUACCCCGGGGUCCUCUGCGGCUCUGUCGGCCUCGAUGGCUGCAAGUAGCAGCCAAGGCACGGGAAAUGGUGUCGUCCAGCUUCCUCAGCAACAGCAAUACAGCCACCCCAACACUGCCACAGUAGCUCCUUUCAUUUAUAGAACUCUCUCAGAAAAUGACAGUACCUCUUUACCACCUGCUGACUCCUGCACCAGUCCUACUAAAAUGGAUCUGUCGUUCAGUAAGACUGCCAAACAGUGCCUAGAGGAGAUAUCUGGGGAAGACCCUGAAACAAGAAGAAUGAGAACUGUAAAGAAUAUAGCAGACCUGAGACAGAAUUUGGAAGAAACUAUGUCCAGCCUUAGAGGGACCCAGAUAAGCCACAGCACAUUGGAGACAACUUUUGACAGCACUGUGACAACUGAGGUGAAUGGGAGAAGCAUACCAAGCUUGACAAGCCGGUCCACCCCAGUGACUUGGAGGCUAGGGCAGGCCAGUCCUCGGCUGCAGGCAGGAGAUGCCCCAUCCUUGGGUGCUGGUUAUCCUCGCAGCAGCACAAGUCGCUUCAUACACACAGACCCUUCUCGAUUCAUGUACACCACCCCACUUCGCCGAGCAGCUGUUUCUCGCCUUGGAAAUAUCUCACAGAUCGACAUGAGUGAGAAGGGAAGUGGUGAUUUGGACAUGUCCUCUGAAGUUGACGUUGGUGGCUACAUGAGCGAUGGGGACAUUCUUGGGAAAAGCCUCAGAACUGAUGACAUCAAUAGUGGGUACAUGACAGAUGGUGGACUCAACCUAUAUACAAGAAGUCUGAACCGAAUACCAGACCUAGCUGCAUCUCGAGACGUCAUUCAAAGAGGGGUUCAUGAUGUGACUGUGGAUGCAGACAGCUGGGAUGACAGCAGCUCAGUUAGUAGUGGCCUCAGUGACACUCUUGACAACCUCAGCACGGAUGAUUUGAACACCACCUCAUCUGUCAGCUCUUAUUCCAAUAUAACUGCCUCUUCAAGGAAGAACACUCAUCUGAAGACGGACUCGGAGAAGCGCUCAGUUACAGACAGCGAAACUUGGGGCAGCACUGAAGAACUGAAGAAACCAGAGGAAGAUUUUGACAGCAGCGUAGACAGCAGUGGCAAGUGGAAAGGCCUUCCCUCGGGGCUGUCUGAAGAGUCAGAGAAGGGAGGGCAGAAAGCAUCUCUCUCUGUUUCACAGACCGGAUCCUGGAGGAGAGGCAUGACCGCCCAAGUAGGAACAGCUCAGUCCAGGCACAAAGCAGGAACAAGUGCACUCAAGACCCCGGGAAAAACAGAUGAUGCAAAAGCUUCAGAAAAAGUGAAGACUCCCCUGAAAGGAGCCUCCAUUCAGCGCUCUCCAUCAGAUGCAGGAAAAAGCAGCGGUGAUGAAGGAAAAAAGCCUCCCUCUGGCAUUGGGAGAUCAACUGCUACGGGGUCCUUUGGAUUCAAGAAGUCUGGGAUGGGAUCUUCUACCAUAAUCACCACAAGUGGAGCAACUAUCACAAGCGGGUCGGCGACUCUAGGAAAAAUGCCAAAAUCUUCAGCCAUCGGUGGGAAGUCCAAUGCAGGGCGGAAAACGAGCUUAGACGGUUCCCAGAACCAGGAUGACGGUGUCCUGCACAUGAACUCGAAGACGACUCUGCAGUAUCGAAGUCUGCCUCGCCCAUCAAAAUCCAGUGGCAGCGGCAUCCCCGGCAGGGGUGGCCACCGCUCCAGCACCAGCAGCAUCGACUCCAACGUAAGCAGCAAGUCUGCUGGUGGUGCUGCCACCAAACUGCGAGAGCCAAGCAAGAUCGGGUCCGGGCGGUCUAGCCCUGUCACCAUCAACCAGACAGACAAGGAAAAAGAGAAAGUGGCUGUGUCUGAUUCUGAGAGCGUCUCACUGUCCAGUUCCCCCAAAUCCAGCCCAACUUCAGCAAGCGCCUCUGGCACACCGGGACUUAGGCAGCCAGGAUCCAAAUACCCAGAUAUCGCCUCACCCACCUUUCGAAGGUUGUUUGGUGCCAAGGCAAGUGGUAAAGCUGCCUCUGCACCCAGUACUGAAGGUGUGAAACCCACAUCGGCAAUGCCCAGCCCUAGUACCACAUUGGCACGGCAAGGCAGCCUGGAAUCGCCAUCCUCGGGCACAGGCAGCAUGGGCAGUGCAGGUGGGCAAAGUGGUAGCAGCAGCCCCCUCUUCAGUAAACCUUCGGACUUAAAUGCAGAUGUUGUAAGCUUAAGUCACUCCUUGGCUUCCAGUCCCGCCUCAGUGCACUCUUUCACAUCAGGUGGUCUUGUGUGGGCUGCAAACCUGAGCAGCUCUUCAGCGGGCAGUAAGGACACACCAAGUUACCAGUCCAUGACUAGCCUUCACACCAGUUCCGAGUCUAUUGACCUUCCUCUUAGCCAUCAUGGCUCUCUCUCUGGACUGACAACAAGCACUCAGGAGGUUCAGAGCCUGCUCAUGAGGACUGGAAGCGUCAGAUCUACUCUUUCGGAAAGCAUGCAGCUUGACAGAAAUACACUACCCAAAAAGGGAUUAAGAUAUACUCCAUCAUCCCGGCAGACGAGUCAGGAGGAAGGCAAGGAAUGGCUGCGCUCCCAUUCAACUGGAGGCCUCCAAGACACUGGCAGUCAGUCCCCGCUUGUUUCUCCUUCAGCUAUGUCUUCAUCUGCAACUGGAAAAUAUCACUUUUCCAACCUGGUGAGUCCAACCAACCUAUCUCAGUUUAACCUUCCUGGACCCAGUAUGAUGCGUUCAAACAGCAUCCCUGCACAAGACACUUCUUUUGAUCUGUAUGACGACUCCCAACUGUGUGGCAGUGCUACAUCCUUAGAAGAAAGACCACGAGCGAUUAGUCAUUCAGGUUCAUUCAGGGACAGCAUGGAAGAAGUACAUGGAUCCUCGUUAUCACUUGUCUCCAGCACAUCCUCUCUCUACUCUACGGCAGAAGAAAAGGCACAUUCAGAGCAAAUUCAGAAACUACGGAGAGAGCUGGUUGCAUCCCAAGAGAAAGUUGCUACCCUUACAUCUCAGCUUUCAGCAAAUGCUCAUCUAGUAGCAGCUUUCGAAAAAAGCUUGGGAAAUAUGACCGGCCGAUUGCAAAGUCUAACAAUGACAGCUGAACAAAAGGAAUCUGAGCUUAUAGAGCUAAGGGAAACCAUUGAAAUGCUGAAAGCCCAGAAUUCUGCUGCACAAGCUGCUAUUCAAGGAGCCUUGAAUGGUCCCGAUCAUACCCACAAAGAUUUACGUAUAAGGCGGCAACAUUCUUCAGAAAGUGUUUCCAGCAUCAACAGCGCUACAAGCCAUUCAAGCAUUGGCAGUGGUAAUGACGCUGACUCCAAGAAAAAGAAAAAGAAAAACUGGGUGAACUCUAGAGGAAGUGAGCUAAGAAGCUCUUUCAAACAGGCCUUUGGAAAGAAGAAGUCCACCAAGCCUCCUUCCUCACAUUCAGACAUAGAAGAGCUGACAGACUCCUCUCUUCCUUCGUCACCCAAAUUGCCCCACAGCUCAGGAGAGUGCGGGGCAACAUCAAUGAAACCAUCACAGUCAGCAUCUGCGUCAUCUCUAGUCUGGGCACCAAAGAAAAGGCAAAACGGUCACGUGGUCUACAAGCAUAGAUCCCGGAUCUGUGAGUGCACAGAGGCAGAGGCUGAAAUUAUUCUUCAGCUAAAAAGCGAGCUGAGAGAGAAAGAGCUAAAAUUAACGGACAUUCGUCUUGAAGCCCUCAGCUCUGCACACCAUCUGGAUCAGAUUCGGGAAGCCAUGAACCGCAUGCAGAAUGAAAUUGAGAUAUUGAAAGCUGAAAAUGAUCGUUUAAAGGCAGAGACUGGAAAUGCUGGAAAGCCUGCCCGGCCGUCAUCAGAGUCUUCAAGCAGCACAUCAUCUUCUUCAUCACGGCAGUCACUAGGACUUUCUCUGAACAAUUUAAACAUCACAGAAUCUGUUACAUCAGAUAUUUUGUUGGAUGAUGUCACUGAUGGAGCACUCCACAAAGAAGGUCAUAGCGUGAAAAUUUUAGUCACUAUAAACAAAGGCUAUAGUCGAGCUAAGGAUCAAAAACCACAUGCAUAUCUGAUAGGAUCAAUUGGAGUCAGCGGAAAAACAAAAUGGGACGUUUUAGAUGGUGUAAUCAGACGUCUCUUUAAGGAAUAUGUUUUCCGAGUGGAUCCGACUACUAGCCUGGGUUUAAGCUCUGACUGCAUUGCUAGCUAUUGUAUAGGGGAUGUAAUUAGAGCCCAUAGCCUAGAAGUGCCUGAACUGCUGCCUUGUGGAUAUCUGGUUGGAGAUAAUAAUGUCAUCACUGUGAACCUGAAAGGAGUGGAAGAAAACAGUUUGGACAGUUUUGUGUUUGACACAUUAAUUCCUAAGCCAAUUACCCAGCGGUACUUUAAUUUGCUGAUGGAGCAUCGCAGAAUUAUUCUGUCGGGACCCAGUGGCACAGGAAAGACCUAUUUAGCUAACAGGCUGGCUGAAUAUAUUAUAACUAAAUCUGGCAGAAAAAAAACUGAGGAUGCCAUUGCAACUUUUAACGUAGAUCACAAGUCAAGCAAGGAUCUGCGACAAUACCUAGCAAACCUAGCUGAGCAAUGCAGUGCUGACAACAAUGGUGCUGACCUGCCUGUGGUCAUAAUUCUUGAUAACCUCCACCACAUCAGUUCACUAAGUGACAUCUUCAAUGGUUUCCUCAACUGUAAAUAUAAUAAAUGUCCCUAUAUUAUUGGAACCAUGAACCAGGGAGUUUCUUCUUCACCAAAUCUGGAGCUGCAUCACAAUUUCAGGUGGGUGCUGUGUGCUAAUCACACAGAGCCUGUUAAAGGUUUCUUGGGCAGAUAUCUGAGAAGGAAACUGAUUGAGACUGAAAUAGAAAGGAACAUACGCAAUAAUGAGCUCAUCAAAAUCAUUGACUGGAUCCCCAAAACAUGGCAUCAUCUCAACAGCUUCCUAGAAACGCACAGCUCUUCAGAUGUAACCAUUGGUCCCCGCCUCUUCCUGCCUUGCCCUAUGGAUGUUGAUGGCUCCAGAGUGUGGUUCACAGACCUCUGGAACUAUUCCUUGGUGCCGUAUCUUCUGGAAGCUGUGAGAGAAGGACUUCAGAUGUACGGUAAGAGGGCACCCUGGGAGGACCCCGCCAAGUGGGUAGCUGAUACCUAUCCAUGGAGCUCUGCAUCUCUACAGCAUGAGUGGCCAUCGUUACUUCAGUUAAGACCAGAAGAUGUUGGUUAUGAAGGUUAUGCAUCAGCAAAGGAAGGAACAACCUCAAAGCACGUUCCACAGACUGAUACAGAGGGGGAUCCCUUGAUGAAUAUGCUAAUGAGGCUUCAAGAGGCAGCCAACUAUUCGAGCGCACAAAGCUGUGACAGUGAUAGCACCAGCCACCAUGAUGACAUUUUGGAUUCAUCCCUUGAAUCAACUCUCUGAAAGGGACAAACCUAGGUGGAGGAUUAUGGUAAAAUCUGUUUCCACUAGACCACUGCCAGUAUUAAAGCAGCAAGCCAAGGUCCCUGAGUGAAAAUGGUGUGUUGUAGGUAGGCAGGAGACCUAACUCUGCAAAGUCAGGAAGAAAAAUUGAAGUGGAAAGCUUGAAUUAGUUUAAUUUCAAGGCAUUUCAAUACCUGUGGAGCCAAGUGAGACUCCAUUUGUCAACUGGAAAGGGCCCUAGACCAAGGGCAUCUAAGCAGAUUGCACACACGUUAGCCAAACUGGAAUAUUUUUUUUCCUUUUUCCUCUUUCUCUCUGUCUCUCUCUCUCUCUGUGUCUCUGUCUCUCUGUACAAGUUUACAGUGCAACUUCUUUUGUUUUUUUCCUUUAGUUUACCCUGAGGCGCUGCAUGAACAAUGCGGUCUUCUAAUUCUCUUCUAACCUCUGUUGUGCCACAUGGUGCUGGUCACAGGAUUGCAGUGGUGUUUGCGUUGUACGCUACUGCCCAUUCCAAAAUGAGUCAAAGAUGAUGAUAGUAACUCAGAAAGCACAAACAGUAUUGUGCAAUCACCAGAAAACAUUACUGUGAAAUGCUGGAUAAGUGCCAAUUUAAUUCUAACUGCCAUGGUCACGGUGAUGCUCUCCACCAAGUUUUUAGUACACGGUCACAGAUUUUAUAAAGUUGUUUUUACCACAAAGGUCUUUUUUAACCACCUGCCCACUCCUUAACAACAGUUUUAUACCAAUUAUUAACCAACACUGAUUAAAGGCUUUUUAGGGCUUCAUUUGUUUGAGCCUUUUCAGUGAAAGAAGGAACAUUUCUUAUGGUGCUGUCUCACUGCCUUAAAACAGAUUUCUACAACAGUUUUACAGUUGGUUUAAUUCCUAAACCAUUGGUAAUUUACACUGUUUUUUUCUUCAUUUACUAAUGAGAAAACAUCAGUUAACACAGUAGCCUCAUAUCUGUAUAUCAUGAUUUUUUAAAGAAAUGGAUAGGAGAAAGAACAGUUGCUAUAUAAUAUUUUUAUCUUGUGAAUAGAUUGCUCUGCCUACCCUCAGAAAUACACAAGGAACCCAAACCCACUUCCACUGCCACCUAAAUGCUGAGAAAAUCGGCUCAAAUCCAUUUGGUCCCAUGGAAUGGAGUUUUUGGAGGAUAGAUGUUUUGAAUUCUUAUCCAGCAGAGCUGGAUGCACUUGAUGCAGCAUGAGCACAAAUAUACGUUUGUUUUUUUUUUUUUUUCCUUUUUCUAGUUUUAGCAUGUUGUUUUGAUUGCUAUUGUUGUACAUGAAGAAUUCAGCAUAAAAGAACACUGAAGCAGUGAUGUCCACUGUGGAAGAGGAAGAGUUUAUACUGUAAAAGUGGGUUGGUUUUGCACAGUCUACUGGGUGGGUACUGUAAAUAU